AUGGAGCUGGAGCAGGUCCCCGUUCCCUUGGAGCUGCUGCUCGAUGUGCUCGAGCUGCCCGGGAACAAGUUGCAGGAGGAGCUGAUUGCCGAGCUCCAGAGGCGUGUUGUGGCAUCGCUGCAGGGUAACGAACCAUUGGUUCCAAUUGAAACAGCUGUUGCGCUCGCGUGUGGUCGCCGUUCAGUACCUUGUCCCAAAGAUUCCGAGCUUUGGGGUGGGCUGGCAGAAAACAUUGCUCUCCAGCUGACGUCAAAGCGACAGGUGGACAUUUUCGAUGGCUGCCGGCCCAGAGAAGACCUUUGGAAUGCCGUCAGCCAGCUGAAGGUAGGUACGUGGCAGUCUUUGGAACUACAGAUUCGGAGACCUUCCGCUUACUUGAGUCGCUCACUCUACGAUGCAGACAAGCGAAUCGAGUCGGCCCGGCUCUACGGAGACGUGGCAUCGUACCAGUACUACUAUGUCGACUUGCUUGUUGGCACUCCCGUGCCGCAGCGAACCUCCGUCAUUGCAGACACGGGAAGUACGAUUUGUGCAUUUACCUGCACUGGCUGCAGCAUGUGCGGCCAGCAUCUGGAUGCGAACUUCGACUUCUCGAAGUCCAAGACGGCGGAGUGGGUCAAGUGCAGUCGGCGAGCCUGUGACUCGUGCAGGAUGAACUACUGCGCCUACCGACAAAGCUACACCGAGGGCAGCUCAAUUGAAGGUUACCGCUUCACAGAUUAUGUGUCUCUCGGUGAUGAGUUCCAGCAGAAUCCCCCCGUGAAGGUGCAGAUGGGGUGUCACAGCCGUGAGACGAAGCUGUUUGUUACUCAAAAGGCCAAUGGAAUCUUUGGCCUGGCCCCAUCCAAAGACAGGAUGACCACGAUCCUAAUGAAUAUCUUCAAGGACAAGGCUCAUGUGAAUGCUGCGGUCUUCGCCAUGUGCUUGUCCUCCCAGGGAGGUCUCUUGACCGUGGGUGGCUUCAACCAAUCCCUGAACACGGCUACUGUGCAGUGGAUCCCUCUCACUUUGCACGGUUUCUACAGCGUCUCCCUUUUGAAGAUGAUCGUCGAAGGGCCCGGAGGCUCUGAGCUUUCAGGUGGCUUUGGACACACCAUCGUGGAUUCGGGUACGACGUACACCUACCUCCCAGACGGGCUGUACCGCCAGCUGAAAGAAGCGGUCAAAUCCUAUUGCAAGCAGCACAACGGAUGUGCUGCCAAGGGGACCAGCGGUACGUGCUGGACGGUUCCAGGAGGAUCUUUGUCGUCAUUUCCUCCGAUCCGAGUCGUUUUCCAGGGCGGUGUAUCAGCGAACUGGUACCCAAGUUCCUACCUCUAUCGUCGCAGUGGCGAACUGUACUGCCUGGGCUUCGAAAGCAACGGAGCUGCGCGGCAAACAGUCCUUGGAGCGACAUGGAUGAUUGGCCGAAACGUCAUCUUCGACACGGAGAGCCCCAAACUUGGCCUUGCCGAUGCCAGUUGCCCGAGUUUCGUUGAGCGGCCGCCCGGCCCAACGAAAACAGUGGUGCUGGGCGAGUCUUCUAGCCCAAGAGGCUCACAGGCCGUCUACAAAGACCACCGAUUUCGACCGCCAAUUGCGAUCCCUGACAUCACAGCAGCCACGCUGUUCAUGCUGACAGCUUUCAUGCUGAUGACGCUGGGCCUUUGCUUG